GGGCCAAAUUGAUAUUUGUUGGGUUGUAACCCUAAAUAUUUGGGUUCAUAACAAAAAGUCAUCGUUUGUUUGUCGUUGUCUCUUUUUAUUUCUUCUUCUUCCCCGACAAAGACAACAGUCUCGUGGUCAAUUGUAGAUUCAGCAGGAAUGUCUCACUCAGCGAAGCCAAGCUCGUCUUCGGUGUCUUGUGGAGGAAAUUGGAGAAGACGUCGUGGAGCAAAAGAGAGAGGAAUACCAAAAAAAUUUUGGUGUGGAGAAGAGACCAUGAUUAAAACAUCAGGAACAGCUAAAAACCCUGGGAGGCUCUUCCAUUGUUGUCCACAUGGAUCUGAAGGGGAUAAAUUCCAUCUUUUUACAUGGACUGAUGAAUGUGUGGUGGAAGAAAUUGAAGAUUUAAAAAGUAUGAUGUGUGAUGUAAAAGGAGAAAAGUCGGACUUGAGAGUUGAAGUUGUUGAAUUGCAGAAGGAGCUGGAACGGAUUAAGCUGACUCUCGAGAGAGACAAGAAUUAUUGUUGUUGUUUUUUGUAAGAUUA